UUUUGGAGAACUAUUUUUUCUCUUUUUUGAGAUUCAGUUGUUUGAUUCUCCAACUCCUUCUUCGUCAUCUUCUUCGUCGGAUUCGCUCAAAUUGUUCACCUAACAGUAGGCGAAUCGGAUAUUGUUUGCAUUCCCCUGCUAAUUUGAGUUUCGUCCUCUUCAUCUUAUCGAACAAUCCGUUUGGGAUUUUUUUCUGGAAAUGAGGAAGGAAAGGAGAUCAAUGGAGAAGAAAGGAAGGAUAUCGAGGAUUGGGAGGUACGCCAUUGCGUCCUCCAUUAGUGAUCACCAUCAACAACCUUGCAUUACCUGUACCACCUUCAAUAUCCUCGCUCCUAUCUACAAGCGUCUCUCACAUAAGGACCAGAGUCGCCGAGAAAGUGAUAACCGGGCCUACUGGCUUGCCAGGAAUCACAGGAUUUUGGAUUUGCUCUUGUAUGAGAGAUCUUCCAUCAUCUGUCUGCAGGAGUUUUGGGUAGGGAACGACGAGCUUGUCGAUAUGUACGAAAAAAGACUUGGCGACGCUGGUUAUAUCAAUUUCAAACUCGCUCGCACCAAUAACCGUGGUGAUGGUUUGCUGACUGCCAUCCGCAAGGACCACUUCAGAGUUCUUAACUACAGGGAAUUGCUCUUUAAUGACUGUGGAGACCGUGUUGCUCAGGUUUUGCAUGUUGCAUCACCUUUUCCCUCUUCACAAUGCCGAAACGAUGAUAUUCAGCAAGAAGUCCUUAUUGUCAACACUCACUUGUUGUUUCCACACGAUUCAACUCUAUCUAUCGUACGAUUGCAACAAGUCUAUAAAAUUCUGCAAUACGUGGAAUCUUAUCAGAAAGAUUACAACCUUAAUCCCAUGCCAAUUAUACUCUGCGGUGACUGGAAUGGGAGUAAAAGUGGACAUGUUUACAGAUUUCUUCGAUCACAGGGGUUUAUGUCAUCGUAUGAUACUGCUCAUCAGUAUGCUGAUGCUGAUGCUCACAAGUGGGUUAGCCACCGUAAUCAUCGGGGGAACAUAUGUGGUGUGGAUUUUAUUUGGCUUCUUAAUCCCGAUAGGUAUCGCAAGCUACUAAAGACAAGUUGGACUGAAGCAGUAUUUGGCAUGUUUAAGUAUCAACUAAGAAGGGCUUCACUUACGGAGUACGAUGCUUUUGCUUUUCUGAAGGAUGAUAAUGACGGUGACUACAUUACCUAUUCAGGAUUUUGUGAAGCUCUCCGACAGCUUAAUUUAACGGGUCAUUGCCAUGGGCUCAGUGCUGAAGAGACUAGGGACUUGUGGGUCCAAGCUGAUAUUGAUGGAAAUAAUGUCCUUGAUUACAAAGAAUUUCAGCAACGGAUUUGGAACCCUACAUGGUUGAAGAAGAAGGAUGAAAUCAGCGGUGAAAUUGAUGAUUCUAAGUUAGAGGGCCAUCGAGAGCAAACCAUUGGGUUCAGCGUGAAGAAUGCAGUUUUAUUCCCUCCUGAAGUGGAAAAAGGAAGGUGGCCGGAAAAUUAUUUUCUUUCUGAUCAUGCCCGACUUACCGUGGUCUUCUCGCCAAUAAGAAUGCCGCGGCUGAUAUCUUGAACAAGCAUUCGGAUUCCUCUAUGCCCCGUCUUGUGCGUAGAUCUUCUGAGGAAAACGACGACAGUUUGAAAUGAAAAAGCUUUUCAAGGUCCAAGGAGAAUUCGUGCCAUGGACAAGGAAACGCCCCUCACGGAACCAUGGUCAAUGAUCUUGAUUUGAAGCGUCAACCCUCAACCAUUUUCAUGGAUCGGAAACCGGCAAGAUUGAAGACGACUGUGGGAAUUCUUCGCCAUUCUUACAGGUCUCCUAUUGGCCACUGGUAAUGGGAUGAGCUUUUUACUUGCAUAACUCUUUUGCUUUUAUUGCUAUGCAAACCCCAUUUGGGACGGGAA